UGGCUCCGGCCAUGGCACCAGGCGCAGCUCGCAGGACAAGCUCUGUGUAGAGUUAGACAAAAGCCGGCAGCAUUUGAGGGGAAGUCAUGGUCUUGCUGCUGUUCCUGCAGCUCUCGAGUAGGGGUGUCCACCGCACAGACUGUCUGGACCCCCCGCCCCCAGCUGGCACACUAGUGUCCACAGCUGACCUGCGGGGCCCAGUGCCCCAUGGCUUUCCUCGGGUCCUUCCGGCAGAGCCUGCCCUCAGUGUCCUCACUGGUGGACAGCCUCGGUGGGGCUGUGGAGGGCCUGAGUGUUGCCGUGGGCCAGGCCACUGGUGCCUUUACUGACUCGCUGGCUGAGCGGGUAACGAGCCUGGUGAGUGGUCUUCAGGUGGCUCAGGAGUGGGGGUUUGCAGCAGACAGGGCCACCGAGACUCCUGAACCAGCGGAGGCACCCCUUGCCGAUGGCUCUCUGCCUGAGCACAGGGUGGGCCAUGCUCACCCCUACAGUAUCCCCCUGCCUUCAGAUCCAGGCGUGAGUGAGGGCAGCAGGCAAGACAGUGGCCACCCUGGCAUGGGCCUGCGGGCUGUGUUGGGGGUCCCCUGUGGCAGCGGAGCUGAGGCUGUAGGCCUCAUGAUGCGAGACCCUAAAGCUAUCGGACAUGGGGACCCCAAGGGCUUCUGGGAAGGACAUGCCUCUCGAGCACUGCCAGCCACCCCAAGAACUCAGUUCCAGGGACGAGUCAGAGGCCAUGGACCCGAACCCUGCAGAGCCACAGGGGACAGAGGGACAAGGACCACGGACUUCGACAAUGGCAGGGCUCUGGAGAAGGGGACAGCAUGGGGCAGAGGUGACGAUGUCCCGGAUAAAGUGCCCAGUGCAGACAACUCCUACCUGGACAAAGAGGAGCACGGCUCAUCCUCGGAGAGUGAGGACGAGGCUCUGGGCAAGUACCAUGAGGCUGUGUCCAGGACCCACAGUGCCAGGCUCCCCACGGCUGAGGCAAGAGCGCAGAGCUCGGUGUGGGAGACCCGGCAGAAGUACAGCCCUCUCGCAGCUGAGCACGAUGGCUAUGGCAGUGAGGCAUCCCUGGACGGAGGGCACCACAUCCAGAGGAUGAGGGGCAGUCCCCCGCUGGACGAGCUGCAGCCGCCGCCCUACCACGAUGACAGUGGCUCCCCCCACCUCUCCUGCACCCCAUCAGAGUUGGGGGAUGGCAAGUGCGAGCUCUCACACUGCUGCAGCAGCCCCCGGUGCUCCUGCACCAAGUGCCCAAGUGAGGGCAGCCCCGGGCCUGAGGCUGGUGGCUUCCAUGGCAAAGGCUAUGAUGAGGACGUGCCGAGCGACAGCACUGCCGUGCUCAACCCCGAGGACAUGUCAGGCCACGGGUCUCCCUCUCAGCUCCCCAAGCCCUUCGAUCCCGAGCCGGAAGCCAAGUAUGGCACACUCGACGUGACUUUCGACUAUGACUCCCAGGAGCAGAAGCUUCUGGUGACUGUGACAGCCGUGACAGACAUCCCCACGUACAGCAGGACAGGUGGCAACUCGUGGCAGGUCCACCUGGUCCUCCUGCCCAUCAAGAAGCAGCGGGCCAAGACCAGUGUCCAGCGGGGCCCAUGCCCAGUGUUCACAGAGACGUUCCGCUUCAACCAUGUGGAGUCAGAGCUGAUCGGCAACUAUGCGGUACGAUUUCGGCUCUAUGGUGUCCACCGCAUGAAGAAGGAGAAGAUUGUUGGUGAGAAGAUCUUUUAUUUGACCAAGUUGAAUCUCCAGGGAAAGGUGUCGCUGCCAGUGAUCCUGGAGCCUUCCUGCGAACAUUCUGGCUGCGCAUCACAGGUGAGUGUGUCGGAACGGUCCUACAGCCGGAGUGUCUCCUCCUGCCAGUCCCUGGAGCGUGGCUCCGUCCCCGAGGUCCUCCUGGGCCUGCUGUACAACGCCACGACGGGGAGGCUCUCGGCGGAGGUCAUCAAGGGCAGCCACUUCAAGAACCUGGCAGCCAACAGGCCACCCAAUGGACUGUUCUGUUGUCUAAAACACUUGAUAGGUGGACAGGUUUAUAUAAUCCGAGAUACCUAUGUUAAACUGACUCUGCUGAAUUCCAUGGGCCAAGAGAUGUCCAAGUGCAAGACCUCUGUCCGCCGUGGGCAGCCGGACCCCAUAUUCAAGGAGACCUUUGUCUUCCAAGUGGCCCUGUUCCAGCUGUCGGAUGUGACGCUCAUCCUGUCUGUGUACACCAAGCGCAGCCUGAAGCGGAAGGAGAUGAUCGGCUGGCUCUCGCUGGGCCUGAACAGCUCAGGCGAGCAGGAGCUGGCGCACUGGACCGACAUGAAGGAGUCCCAGGGCCAGCAGGUGCGGCGGUGGCACGCCCUGCUGGAGUCGUGACGGGGGAUACGCGUGGAGUCCACUGUCUGCAUGGAGAUGGUGCCCACCAAGGGCUGGCCUCGGGGAGUCCUCCUCUCCCGGGGCCCCCACCCAGCCGGAGGUUCUGUGGAGAGGUGUGGGGGCCAGGUGUUGUGGGGUCCCCCUUACUGUGUGAAGCCAGCCUCCCCUUGGCAGAGGGGCUGGUCCAGUCUUCAAGCCUUGGAGCAGGCAGGGACAUGAGCCAUCGGGCUAGGGCGGCACGUGCUCCGCUCAUUCCCUGUGUGCUGGACCCUGGGGCCCGCUGUGUCCAUCGGGAGCAAGGCCCAGGCCCCUUUUGCAUCUCCAUCAUGGGGUGCAGCUCUGUGACUCUCUGUCUGCCCGGUACCCCACUGGCACAGCAGCCCUCCCAUGCUCUUCCCUCGACCUGCUUCUGCCUGAUCCACAGAGAUCCCGCGGCUGCCAGAGCCUUUCUGAGGCCCUGCGAUGGGAGGCUGAAGUCUGUCCACGCCGGCAGUGGAGAGGGAACGGAUACACUUGAAAUUUCUUCAAGCGAUUUCAAAAAAUUUUCAUUGUGGGGCAGACAUUUUUUCCUGCAAACUGAAAAAAAUUUUUUCCUGCAAACUGAAACAAAAACCUACCGCACUGUGGAUGAGCUGUUGGACUGAAGUGGUUCUUGUGAGGGGCAGUUUUGCCCUGUGUCCAGGCAUCCAUGGCCAGCGCUGUGUCUCGACUCUGCUCCUCUCCUCAGCUCCCCGUGAUGCCUGUGCUCCCCAGCUCGGGCGGCCCCAUCCACGUGCCUUCCAAAUGUCCCGGCGGGUGGCCGCGCCAGGCCUUCAUUCUUACCAACGUGACAAUUCCUCAGGACGGGGCACUAGACUCUGCCCCCUCUGCUGUCUGUCCAAGUUCUCGAAUGUGCUGAUAUUUUUAAAGGACCAGGUCUUUUUGUUUGCUGUUUUUAUACCUAGGAACUCUGAUGAAUCAGGAACAUUCAAUGCUGUUUCCUUUUUGGUUUUGCUUCUUACCUAAUAUAUCAUUUUAUGCAUAUUCUUUAUUAAAUAGAGUAUGUUUUGUAUAUAUGAAAACUAUUUUCUUUUUUCUCUUUCUACCUUCUUGUUAAACUGGAUUUUUAAAAACCCUGCUAUUUUCCAAGCAUUAAAAAGCAGCCUCCCUUGUUCUCAUAUGGAUCUUAUCAGCUAAACUUGUUAUCACCCACCGUCCUAACAGAACCAGGCACGGACAUGGUGACCUAUGCUUAGCGCUCUUGAAAGGCCUUAAGAGAAAUCCUAAAAGACAGUGAACUUCUAUGAAUUUUUUAGCUUUUUAAAAAAGGCAGCUGUGUGUCUGUGUGUACAAGCAGGACCUCAAUGCUGGGGUCCGGGUCUGGGCUGGCUGCAUUAACGGGAAAAACCCUUUUCUUCAGUGAUGCGUUCAGGAACUUAUCCCAGGGCUCUUAAUAAAGGAGCUAGGACAUAAAGUUAGAAUAUGACCCAGGGCAGCCCUGCAAGGAUUUUCAGAGACCGGAUGGGAAUGGGGAAGGGUGGGGGUGCAAGUUGUAGAUUUGGCGGGAAACUAUUUGCAGUCUUCUCUGCUUUGGAGCAAGCGAGCUGGGGCAGGGCCUGGGGUCAGUCAACUCCCGGGUGGAGACAGAGUCCCCGGAGGACUGUAGACCAGUUCGGCCCCUCCCCCAGCCACUGGAGGACAGACGGCCGCCUCUUGAGUUCACUCUUGCACUGGAUGCUGACGUGUGGGCUGCAGGUUUAGGGUGCCUGUAUGCACAUCAGAUCCCACCACAGAAGAGUCUCCAGGCCCUACCUCAAUCCCAGCUGCCAUGUCCCCAAAGAUGAAGUACAUAUCUAUGUGUAUAUGCAUACCUACUCACACCACACCCAUGUAUGUGCACAAAUAUGCCACAUACACCCAUCACUGCAGUACAUGCAUAUGAAUACCCCUAGAUAAUGUGCACAUACACACAUGUGUUCACAUGCUACAUGUGUACAUGCAUGUGUUCAUACCACAUGGGCACAGCAUGUAUGUUCAUGUUCAUGUAAUAUUCUGAGGUGAAGGUGCCUUGGAUCCUUUUGAUGCUUAAAUAGAAAACAUUGAUCAAAUUUCUGAGUUCCUUUUCCUUACAUAUUGACUGGAAACAGCUGGGUGGUUGCUCUCAGCUGCCAUCUGCACAUCUUGUACAUGACAUGACAGAAUUGUCACUUGAAACAUGAGAUCUCUCCGGACAAGUCCCAGACCUCUCCAGGCUGUUGUCUCUGCACUUGCCUGGGAUGGUCCCUGAAUGGAGCUUAAAGGCCAGCUCCUCCAUCUCUAGCUGCAACCAAGAGGGGCCACAGGAUCCAUACUGGAGACCGCAACCCAUGUUCUGUUCUCUUGGGAUUGCCUGUGUUCUGCAAGAAACCGAGACUUCAGAUCCAGCUGCAGCUGUGCCCCACCCCUGGGUGUCUGGGUCUGGGACUGGGAGCCCCACUGGCCUGUGGUAUGUCCCUGGCACAGAGAGAGUGACUGAGAAAGGAAGGAUCCAUGUGUGGGUGGUCCCAAGCAGGACUGCCUCUCACCCUCACAGUCAGGUGCCUUGCUACAGCUGCUCCCUUGUCCCUUGGACAGUGACCAGCAACUCUGGGUGGGGAGGUGGGUUUAGGCCUUGGCGUGCUGUCUUGUGACCAGGCCAAGAGCAGCCUCAUGGGCCACGAGGACCUCUUCCUUCAAGGGUGGGGUUGCUCCUUUUGGGAAGAUGGUCUCCCCAGGGUUCACAGUAGGGGGGAUGCUGGGCCAGUGGAGACACCAUGAAGCAUCUCCUUGGUCUCUGGGUUCAGUCAGGCCUUGGUACAGAGCCCCCUCAGGGAUCCAUUCAGCUGCUUGCCCAGAGCCCCGAAGGCAGAGGAGGGAGGCCAGUGGACUCACUGAAGCUGCUGUGGUGGGCUUUGCAUGCUGUGGUACAUGGUCAGCUUCUGCUGGACAGAGCAGAUCGCCCCUGCUCCCCUGAUUGCACACUGGGGGCCACCUGGAGGAAUGGGAGCAUGGGUCCAGGCUGUCCACAAGAGAACGCCAACCCUCAUGCAGCCCUAGCACACAGGAUCCCGGGUGGUGGACUGGGGAGUGAAAUGGAGGUGUUUGAGCGCUUAUAUGGGUGGCAGUCUGACAGCGGACAGAGUCUGUCUGAAGUCGCCCUGUCAUUGCUUGCGGCCCUCCCCACUUUCCUUUGUUAUUCUGAUUCCUACUGGAUAUUUGAAUCUGCCUUUCAAAUAUUCAAAACUCUGUGAACAAGUCCUUAACACCUUCCUGAAUAGGUCUUUGUCAUCUCACCCAGCGCCCCUGAGAUGAAUUCAAACAUGCCACAAACCACUUCUGAAGUUUGGCGUGGAGGAACAUACUUGUGGGGGACCUGUGGGGAGACGGCCCGGGUCUGCUUGUCUUCUUUCCCCUGCCCCCUCGCUGCCAGCCCCUCCCCAGGCACCUGAUCCUCCAGGGAUACUCACUGGAUUGGCACCCCAUAGUGUGGCUUGGAGGUGACACAUGAGCUCAGAGGGGAAAAGAGACCCUGGGCUGCCUGGGGCCUGUCACAGAUGCCGGGGAGUUGAGCUGUGGUCACAUCCAGAAAGUUGUGCUGUGGGUGUUCAUCCUUUUUAUCUUAAAGAAUAGGGGAAACCUCAAAGAAUCAAAAUACCCUAUUUUGUAGUGUCCAGAUUGGUUUUUGCUUUGCAGGGCCACGAUCAGGGAAGGGGCCAUCAGGGUCAGAAGCUGGUAUGGUGGUGGGGGUUGUGGAGGGCCAGGAAGGCUGGGCAAGUCAUCUGGGUCUCUUUGGGGAUCAAUACUGAGACCAUUUCCACACCCUAAAGAUGUCACAUUUGCUGCCUGAGGGGCACAGGGCGCGUUUGCACUUAGAUUUGGCUUCUUAGUAGUCAAUAUUUGAAUAAAUGUUUGAAGCACAACUCAGAGAAAAUGCAUUUUUUCAACAGCCUUUUGAAAAUGUCAGUAGUCAAUUAGGUGUUACUGGGGGGAGUUUUCAGCACUAGCUUGAAUUCCAGGUGACUGUAAUAGUCAUUCCUGCUGCAUUUUAUGGAGUUGCCUUUAUUUCUCUUUCUGUAUCUUUUCCCUGAAACGGCGCUCAUGUUUGCACAUAAGACCAGCAAUUCUGAGGAACUGAAGCCGACAAAGUUCAGCUGUUUUCACCAUAACUGCAGAAUAAGACAAUGUCACCAGUGUCAUACUCGCUUCCAUCGGUCUUCAUGAGAAGCUCUUACAGCCUUUUGGACCCAGAGAAAUGCUGUCCCUGCUACUUUUCUAGAAUUGUGCUGUGCAAUAUUCUUGCGCUGUUUAUUUCUCAGAAUAAUGUGAUUUUUAUGGGAAACUCAAUUUGUGAAUCUUUUAUUCAAAUGCCCUUCCUUCCAUCCCUCCCUUUUCCCUUCUUGCUUCCUAUUUCAUUUUUCAAGUCAAGAAGCUUCCUUAAUGGUCUUGUUUCUACAGAGCUUUCGUAGUUAUUUUUCUAUUAAUGGCUAGAACCAUGUGGUGAAACUAAAAUGCUCUGUGAGCAGAAUCCUGUUGUGCCCACACUCUUGAAGCCCACAGCUGGUGUUGCUUCCUGCUGUCCUUGUCACUUGUCUUCUUUGUGUUUGCCUGUUCUUGUGAACACAUGUGUAUCGCCAUCACUGGCAUUCUGUGCUAUUCUCUCAUGUUCUUUCCCAUUUGUGACCAGUGCUUCUGAGCAUGGGACAUAUAAUCUACAGCAUGGCUUUCUAUUCUUGUGCCAAUUCUCUAUGCUCACCUCCCAUUUGUCUGGGUAUCUUUGCCUCUCUCAGAUUGUGAAUUUCAAAUUCACCCUGUCCUAUCCAUAAACACAGCAGAACUGUUGUGUUACUGGCCUGAGGCUGCCUGGACACUCUCUUUGCCACAGAUACAUUUUCCACACUGGCCAAACAUCGCUUUGCCUCCUUUUCUACACUCAGGGGCUGGUUGGCAUGUUCCCUCUGAUGUCUCAAAUGAGACAUGGACAUCCACCCUGAUUCCAACCCACAAAGAGGCUCACCAAUGACUGUUACACAAUGUCAGACACUGCGUGCACAGAUCCAGAUGUGACAAAGACCUCAAGUUUGGGACAAAUGUCCUUCAAAUGUGCUACAAAAUAUUAUUGAAACAUUUGGGUCCUGUUAUUUUAAUUCCACAUCAAUUCUGAAAUCCAAAGAAAAUAGACUCUAAACUAAUGUAAACAUUUUAAAACGAUCUAAAAUUGAAAAAUAAGCCUAGAAUGGAAAGAAGGAGCUAGAAAGACCUAUCUUCGUGGGCCAUGAAAAUGUCCUGUGGCCCAGCCUGCUUGCUCCUUCACUCUGGCUCUGUCAGUACUCAAAGUGAUAUUGUCAUUCUGUCUUACCUAGUAGCUUCCACAUUGUUGUCUAUUGAUUUUUAAUUUUCUGAAUUAACUAGUUCUUAUUUCCCAAAUAACUUAGACUUAAAAAAAUUCCUCAUCUUGUCUGAGCAACUGAGGUCACAAAUGGACUUAAUAAGUAUGAUUUUCCAUCUUGAAAAGAAUUCAAACUGGUGCUCUCAAGUUGACCGAAGUCAAGCUGCUCUGUGAUCUGGUUCAACUAACUCCAGACUGAACUUCUGCCAGCCAGCUUGAUACCUUCCAGUAGAGUCAGACACCAGCACCCAGGAGUGGUCCGUCUCUCUGUUCUGAGUAUGUCUGUACUGAAACCUACCAAGACUGUGAGAUGCUGGUUGAAAGAAAGGCAUUUGUUGUCACAUUUCCAAUCGCAUUUAGGGACCUGGGGCCUCCCUCAUAUGUCCUGCUGACCUUUCUCAUGUGCCGUGGGCUUUCAUGGAAGACAUGUAAUGCUGGAAAAACAGCAGCAGGUGUGCCGGUGUGUUUCGCUGAGAGAUCCCAGGGUCACAGAACCAGCACCAUUGCAAAGUGCUGCAGGAGAAUCUGCACCAUUUCAGUGUCAGAGAGAAGUAGACAGUCCCACAUCCUGUCACAGUACCUGUAUGAGACAACGUUUCCAUCACAAGUUAAGUGUGAUUCCUUUGGUUUCAAAUAUGCAAAAUAAUAUUUAAAUCAACUUGUUCUUCCCAUAGAUUCUCAAAGUAUUUCAUGCUGUUUCUCAUUUGAAAUAAAGUCAUUCCUUAGAGAAGGGAUCACUAAGUCAAUGAUGGUUGGAGGGAUAGUUCGGGAUGGGAGAUGUGUGCUGAAAGUAGAUAAAAAACUAUCAGUAUCUGUAUUGCAAACCAUAAUGCUCAAAAGUAGAGAGAGAGUAUGGGGGAAAUUGUCUGCCAUGGAGGCAGGGUGAGGGUUGGGAUAGGGGGGGAUACUGGGGACAUUGGUGGUGGAAAAUGUGCACUGGUGGAGGGAUGGACGUUUGAUCAUUGUAUUACUGAAACUCAAACAUGAAAGCUUUGUAACUGUUUCUUAUGGUGAUUCAAUGAAAUAAAGAAAGAAAGAAAGUCAUUCCC